CAGCUGGUGGCCUCAUGAUGGUUGAUAACGGACUCGGCUCUGAUUGGCCGAGGCAGGGCGAGGUUUGGGAUAAAAAGAGCGAGGCGUUCACUCACCGGCAUCAUCGUCGUCAUGGCCUUCCUCUGGAUCGUCUCCUGCCUCGCCUUCGUCAGCGCCGCCUACGGCUGCGGCACCCCCGCCAUCCCCCCCGAGGUGACCGGGUACGCCCGCAUCGUCAACGGCGAGGAGGCGGUGCCCCACUCCUGGCCCUGGCAGGUGUCUCUGCAGCAAUCCAACGGCUUCCACUUCUGCGGCGGCUCGCUCAUCAACGAGAACUGGGUGGUGACGGCCGCUCACUGCAACGUCAGGACCUACCACCGCGUGAUCGCCGGCGAGCACGAUAAGGGCUACGGCUCCAACGAGGCCGUGCAGACGCUGAGGCCCGCCAAGGUGUUCACCCACCCCAAGUGGAACCCCCGCACCAUCAACAACGACAUCGCCCUCAUCAAGCUGUCCACGCCCGCCCGCCUGGGCACCAACGUGUCCCCCGUCUGCCUGGCCGAGUCCACGGACUCCUUCGCCCCCAGCAUGACCUGCGUGACCUCCGGCUGGGGCCUGACCCGCUACAACGCUCCCAGCACCCCCAACAAGCUGCAGCAGGCCGCCCUCCCCCUCCUGUCCAACGAGCAGUGCAAGAGGCACUGGGGCAGCAACAUCUCUGACGUCAUGAUCUGCGCCGGUGGAGACGGAGCCACUUCCUGCAUGGGAGACUCUGGUGGCCCUCUGGUGUGCGAGAAGGACAACGCCUGGACCCUGGUCGGAAUCGUGUCCUGGGGAAGCAGCCGUUGCUCCACCUCCACCCCCGCCGUCUAUGCCCGUGUCACCGAGCUCCGCGCCUGGGUCGACCAGAUCCUGGCCAGCAACUAAACAGGAAGACACAGUGUUUUACAACAAUAAAAGCACGUGAACAUCA